CUUCGUUCUUUACUUCUUUCAUCUCACGCUCGCUUGCAUUCAACAAACAUGGCACAAGCACCUCGGGACCCGACUUUGCGAGACCAGCAAAUUGCUGCCAUCGCUUCCAUGCUGAACCUCAACCAGAAACCUGAGCCGGCAUCACAAAUUGACCAAGUCAUUCCUAUGGCUUCCGACGCGGAGUGGAAGGUCCUAAUCUUUGACAGCUUUGGCCGGGAUGUCAUCUCGUCCGUGCUUCGCGUCAAUGACCUCCGCGAGAACGGCGUCACAGUCCAUAUGUUACUCAAAAAUGAGCGACAGCCGAUUCCAGACGUUCCCGCAAUCUACUUUGUCGAACCGACCUCGGAGAACAUUCGCAGGAUCGGCGAGGAUCUGUCGAACCACCUGUAUGACUCUUAUUACAUCAACUUUUCUUCAGUAAUACCGAGACCUCUCAUGGAAGAAAUGGCAGCCUCCACCAUCCCCAGUGGCAGUUCAGCGCAGAUCCAGCAGGUCUACGAUCAGUACCUAAACUUCAUUUGCACGGAGCCCAACAUGUUCUCGCUCAAUGAUCGCCAGUCGUAUUUGGCACUGAACGACCCAACGGCACCCGAGACAGCAAUUGAGGCAUCGAUCGAUAAAGCAGCCAGCGCCUUGUUUUCUGUGCUUGCUACUAUGGGUGUCAUCCCAAUCAUCCGUUGUCCAAGACGCGGAGCGGCUGAGAUGUUGUCUAAGAAGCUGGACAGUCGCCUGAGAGAUCAUGUCAUGAACAGCAGGAACAACCUGUUUUCGGAUACCAACACCAUGAAUUUUCAGCGACCAGUACUUGUUAUCUUGGAUCGCAACAUGGAUCUGGUUCCGAUCCUCAGUCACUCAUGGACAUAUCAGGCCCUCGUGCACGACGUCAUGGACAUGAAACUGAACGAGAUCGUUGUCCAGACGGAGGAGAAUGGUCGAACGGUCAAGAAAAAGUACGAUAUCGAGGCCAAGGACUUUUUCUGGAACAAGAAUGCGUCGGCUCCGUUUCCCCAAGUCGCCGAGGAGAUUGACAGUGAAUUGACAAAGUACAAGAAGGAUGCAGCGCAGAUUUCCCAGAUGAGCGGCGUCAGUAACUUGGACGAUGUCAGCCAGCUUGAUUUUUCAUCAGGUGCAAAGCACCUCAAGACUGCCAUUACAGCCCUUCCUGAACUCACAGCUCGAAAGGCAACACUGGAUAUGCAUAUGAAUAUCGCCACUGGACUGUUGCAGGGAAUCAAGGACAGACAAUUGGAUACGCUCUUCCAGAUGGAGGAGUCAAUCACUAAACAAACAAAGGCCAACAUCCUGGAAGCGAUCAAUGAUCCUGAGAAGAAGGUGCCAGAGGACAAGAUGCGCCUCUUCUUGAUUUAUUAUCUGUCGAUUCAGGAAGACAUCCCCAGCGACGUUAUGCAAGAGUACGAGGAUGCGUUGGUCAAGGCUGGCUGUGAUCUCGCGCCUCUGCGAUAUGUCAAAGGAAUUCGCGCAUUCACACGAAUGACCAAUGUGGCUCAACAGCCUCCUCAGAGCUUUGGUCGUCCCGAUUACCUCUUGAAUCGCCUUGGAACCAUCGGAAAUAAGCUCUCGGAUCACUUGGGCUCUGGUGGAUUGGGAGGUGGUUUCGAGAAUCUGUUGGCAGGGGUCAAGAACUUUUUGCCUGCAAAGAAGGACCUGCCCAUGACUAGGAUCAUCGAAUCGAUUAUGGAGCCAGGUGGUGGCGCCAACGAGACGAACGAGGACUUUUUGUAUUUUGACCCCAAGGUCAGUCGGGCAUCAAAUGCAAAGAUGCCACGCACGCGGACACCGUUUCAGGAGGCAAUUGUGUUUGUGGUCGGUGGAGGCAACUAUGUGGAGUACCAAAACUUGAACGAGUAUGCACAGCGUCAGACGAUCAAGAAAAAGAUCACUUAUGGCUCAACCGAGGUACUGAAUCCAAAAGAGUUCUUGCAGCAACUGGCCACUCUCGGCAAGGAACAAUAGCGGUCGUUAAUAGCGGCGAGAUAGAGGCGGUGCAAAUGUGUGAGCACAAAAUAAACGUUUGAACUCUA